UUAUGAAUCUUCUAGAAGAAAAAACGCAUAAUCGUACUCUGGAUCCAGGAAGAGUUCCAUGGAAGCCUCGCUCCUCGCGAAACCCUAUUGUUCGAUCGUCACGCGAUCGGUGUGGUCCUCAAACCUCGAUUCGGAGUUCGAUUUGAUCCGCUCCGUCAUUGAUUCCUACCCUCUCAUCGCCAUGGACACCGAAUUCCCCGGCGUUGUUGUUCGCAUCCACGGCGGCGCCGCCGGAGGUUUCCGACACCAGAAUCCCGCGGAUCACUACGCCGUACUUAAGGCCAACGUGGACCGCCUGCACCUGAUCCAGGUCGGACUCACCCUCUCGGACCGCGACGGGAACCUACCGAACCUCGGAACCUCCGAACGCUUCAUCUGGGAAUUCAACUUCAGGGACUUCGACGUCGCGCGUGAUCCCCACGCGCACGACUCGAUCGAGCUGCUUCGCAGCCAGGGCAUCGAUUUCGACAGGAACCGGGAAAUCGGUAUCGAUUCGGGGCGUUUCGCGGAGCUCUUGAUGUCGUCGGGGAUCGUGUGCAACGACGACGUGAGAUGGGUCACGUUUCACAGCGCGUACGAUUUCGGUUACCUGGUGAAGGUGCUGACGCAGCGCGCGUUGCCGAAGGACCUGGUCGAUUUUCUGCGGCUCGUGGUGGUUUUUUUUGGGGAUAGGGUUUUUGACGUGAAGCACAUGAUGAAGUUCUGCUCGAACCUCUAUGGCGGUUUGGACCGGGUUUGCAAAACCCUGAAUGUGGACCGGGUUGUUGGGAAGUGCCACCAGGCCGGUUCGGAUAGCUUGCUGACACUGCACGCUUUUCAGAAGAUUAGGGAUGUUUACUUUGGCAACAAAGAUGAAGGGUUGGUUAAGUUCGCUGGUGUUUUGUAUGGUUUGGAAGUUUAGUUCUUUGGCUAUGGAAUCUAAUUUUAUAAGGAAUAAUUUAAUAUAAAAUUAUAAAAAUUACCUGUUGAUUUGUUUAUUUCUUUUUCUUUACUAAUUGCAUACCUUUGGGUUAUCAAUGAAAUUAGUUCUUUUUUUCUUUCUAU